AUGCUCGGGAGUCGCGUGGGUCGAGUCCUGAGGCGGCUGAGGCGGCGCCCAGCCCGAGGCCGCCACUCCUCCUUCCCGGCCCCGUGCGCGCUCCCGCUCGCUCGCUCGUGCACACGGCUCCGCCUUCUUCCUGCCUUCCUCCUCCUCCUCCUCCUCCUCCCGGCCGGGCUCGCUGAAGGGGACGGGCGGGCGAAGGCAGUCGCAGGAGGGACCGCAUUCGCCGGGUGGCGGACACCCCACCCCACCCCCGGCUCGGUAAGGGGCGAGAGUGUGUGGAGGGGGACACGGCUGGCUGGCUGGGGGGGGGGACGGUCAGUUGGUUGAGGGUCUCCUUGAGAGGGUCAGGGCUUGGGAGCGGGGAGGAAGGGGUUAAUUGGGAGGGUUUCCCCCCGGGGGGGGGACAGCAGGGGUGCUUGGAUUUUGGAGGGGGGCGCUGCGCACUAGGAAAGAAGGGGUUAACUUGUGGAGGAUGUUUCCUUAGGGAGGGGGCAAUUUGGGGAGGGGAGAGGUCGGAGCGGCAAAGGGUUAAUAGUGGGGGCCGUGGGGAGGAAGGGGUUAAUUGGGGUGUGUUCCCCCGCGAAGGAGCAGCAGGGGCGCUUGGGCUUUGGAGGGGGGCGCUACGCACUAGGAUGGAAGGGGUUAAGUUGUGGGGGAUGUUUCCUUAGGGAGGGGGCAAUUUGGGGAGGGGAGAGGUCGGAGCAACAAAGGGUUAAUAGUGGGGGGCCGUGGGGAGGAAGGGGUUAAUUGGGGGGUCCCCACCGAGGGGGCAGCAGGGGUGCUUGGACUUUGGAGGGGGGCGCUACGCACUAGGAUGGAAGGGGUUAAGUUGUGGGGGAUGUUUCCUUAGGGAGGGGGCAAUUUGGGGAGGGGAGAGGUCGGAGCAGCAAAGGGUUAAUAGUGGGGGGCGGUGGGGAGGAAGCGGUUAAAGCGGGGGAGAGGGAAGCAGGAAGGGGCUAAGUUGGGGUGCCUUCAAGGAGGGGGGAGCAUGGAGAGGGGGAGGACAGGGCGGGGCCAAUUGGGGGGGUCCCUUGGGUGGGGUGUCAGGGAUGGGUUAGUUGUGGGGUGGCCAGGAGUGUCCCUUCGGGGGGCGGGCACUUUUUCCAGGGACGGGCGCGCGCGAGGUGGUGGUGGUGGGGUUUCCUUGCAGAUGCAAUGCAUUGCCAACUGGGCAGUUAAUUCCCUGCCACUUUGGGGGUGCAGUUAUGGGGCAGGGUGUGUGUUUGUGUGGGGCGCCAUCCCUCCCUUCCUGGGCCCCUGGCUUUGAGGUCUGCAGCUGCCAGGCCCCGGAGAGCAAAGCGAGGGCUGGGCAUGUGCGCGCCGGGGCGCGAGGGUUUGCCAGGAAUCUGCGGCGUGGCGGGCGGCGGACUUCAGCCCGGAGAGCCGGAAUGUGGGGAGGUGGGGGUGGGCGGGCAGAGCCGAGGAGGGGGAUCCGGGCGGGUGGGGCGCAGGAAACCGGGGUGCAUGGGCGGGGUGCGCAGAGUGGGUGCCCUGGGACUCCCCGCCGCGUGCUGGGAGGCAGGGAAGGGAGGAAGCUGGGUGGGUGGAGAGGCUAGGGGCUCCGCCGCGGGGACGGGGUUGUCCGGCAGGCGGCUGGCUCUCUCGCUCGGGGUGGGUGUGGACUGUCUGCAGUGCUAGUUGGAAAGUACCCAGGAUUUGUGCGCGCGCAUGGGAGCGAUCGCUGCGAGAGGGAGCAUUUCCAAUGUGGUGGGAGUAACGGUCGGGGUGUGUGUGUGUGUGUGUGUGUGUGUGUGUGUGGCCUUGAGCAUCAUGCACCUUCCCCAUUUUUUCAAACAAACAAAAGCCCGCCCUGCUGCAGAACCCAAGCAUUUUGGGAAAAGGUGGGGUGGGGGGAAUUCCUGUUUACGGCGUCCUCCCAAGCGACAGCAGCUCUUGGAAACUUGAUAACCUCGCCAGUCCUUUCUCUUGCCCUUUCCCUCAUCCUGGGCGUCGGGCCUGAAUCCCAGCGUGUAUAAUGCAGGUCAUCUGUGAGAGUCUGGAGUGAAAUGAUAUCAGACUUUGUAUUUUAACUGCGUUAAAUGUGUGGUGCCAACUCUUGGUGGCAUAGCUAGAAACUUUGCAUUUUACUCUUCCGAGUGUUUUCCUUUUUCAUGUCCCUCCUCCAAAACAUACCAACUUAAUUUCUUUGGCAUGUGUUCAGAAUUGCAGUUUAGGCUACUCCGCAAGCAUUUCAUCUUCCCAUAUACCAGAAUGUUGGCUUGCAUGCUAUCAGAGUCAUUUAUUUUGUUUUGGGUGCAGUCCUGUAAGGUGGAGGCAUUUUGCAAAACUUCACAGAGCAGGAAGGUUUAGAGGGGGUGUUGAUCUGCCAGCUAAUUAACAGCCUUCUAAGUGGUGGAAGGCAGGGAUGGGCUGCAAUAAUGAUAGAUGCUAAUAGGAACAACAGCAAACUUGCAGAAAGGGGCGUUGGGAGGAACAUCUUGACUAAAUUAGGAGGACAUCUGUCUUGGGAAGAUGCCUGAGUUAUGUCAUCCCAGAGGAAGUGAAAACUGGGCGGGGGGAAAGGCAUAAAGUUUGAAGGUCUAGAGCAUUUGUCCCCAACCUGGUGCCCUCAGUAUGAUUUGGACUACAGUUCCCAUCAUCCCCCAGCCAGGACAACUGUGCUGGCCAGGACAUGUUCUGCCAACAUUUAAAAGUACCAUGUUGGAGGGUGGCAGCUCUGUAGUGCAGAGUGCUGCAAAGAAUUCCUGGUUUUCUUCUCCCUUCCCUUCUCAACUGUGUAGCAAGUUCUCAAAGACCUGGAUUUUGAGUGAAAUCCUUUGUCUCCUUUGCAUCUUGGCUUCUGAUCGGAGACUUCUGCCUCUCUCUCUCUCCCUCUUCCCCGCCUCCCCCUUCCUGGUUACGUGGUUCCUCAUCUGCUGUUGCCUUUCUGCAGCUAUGACUGGCUGGUCUCCUUCCCAGCUUUUACAGGGAUGGUUCUAGCAUUGCAUCAGGGGAUAUUUUGUGCUGUAAUCCAGCAACGCAGCCAGGAUAAGCGAUCGCAGAACCGCUGCUUGAGGGGAUGGGUGUGGUGAGCUGCGUGGAUGCAGCAGCCGAGGCACGGCCGGCCUAUACAGUAACUCUGCCCAGUCAUCGGCACAAGGGAUCUGAGCGGCAAGCUAUUUUUAUAAAUCGGGCCUAGCUUCAAGCUGGGCGCACCGAUUUAGAAGGAACAGUUGUCAUAUUUUAAGUAUUAAAUGAGUGUGGUAUGAGUGCGACGCUGCCUCGGGUAAGUUUAGACAUAGGGCCCUGCUGUUCUUGGGUAGGAAGGGGCCUCUUGCUGAACGAAUCCACCCCCCGCCUUCAAGUGCAUACCAAGCCUGCCUGCCUGCUUUGUCAUUGCCACAUUCGCUUUUCGCUAGAGAGCCUCUUAAAAUUAAAAUUCCAGAAGGGUAGCUGUGUUUGUCUGAAGCAGUGAAAGGGCGGAGAGAUGUGGUACCUCCAAGGCUUAACGGUCUUCAAGGCACUGCAGCACUUGUGGUCCUGGACCCUGAAACUUCCGUACUCUCUAACUCUUCUGCUUCGUGGUCCCCCCCUCCCACUAUCCCCCAGCUGUCCUCUUGCUUACAUUGCUUUCCCAACUCGGCCUCCUCCGUGCAUGACACAGAGCUCUCCAUUUUGCAGGACUGCUUAAAAGCCAGAGUUUGUAGUGAGUGAGAAGCACCAGAACUUACCGAGACAAACUUUUGUUUAUAGCACGGUUUGUAAAGGCUUAUAAUUUGUUCUGGGCCACAGAUGCAAAGCAUCCCUUUGCUCUUUAUUUUCUCUGCAGUGAAGCAUUAAAAGCACAUUUUUUUAUCAGUGUUGGAUAUAGAGUCAUCUUGGUUAUUUGUUUUUAUUUAUUUAUUUCAUAGCAUGUCUCACCUCAGGGGCUUGAGGAGUGUUAAACACAAGUUAAAACAUGCUUCAAGUGGUUGUCUUUUCAGUUGUUGGUAUCCGUCUGACUUGGAAGACAAUGGAAGAGUGCACCGUUGGGGAUAAAGUCAAACCAUUGGAGAGUUCUAGCGCCUGCUAUGGCUGUAGAGACUGAUGCAGGAGAGGCAUGUUUUGAUGCAGCUGGGGCAGAGGAAGGCGCCUGUUUUUUCUGCUACAGGUGUGCCAUGGCGUUUUUUCUCUCUGUGCUCUUCACAGCAGUAUUUCCUCCUCUGAUCACUAAGAAAAAAAAAGAAAAGAAUGUCUCAAGUGUAUGUCCAUACAAUGGGAGAGGGACUAGUUCAUGAUAUGGUUGAAGGGAAAUGAGAAAAGAUUAUUUAGAUGACAGUUACAUAGAGUAAGUGAAAGAGGAACAAAGGGAGAGACCUAUGCAGACCUAAAAAAGGCUUCUGCAACAUAGAGAAUCAUGGAAGAUUGUCACAGAUCAGUCUGCAGCUUAAAAUUCAAGGACAUUAUUAAAUCAGGGUGUAGCUUAUUUUGCAGGGCAGGUAUGUGGCUCUUACUGAAUUAGCUAUGCAGUUUGUUGUCUUGAAAGCCACUUGUGCUCACAGGGAGGAGAAACAAGGUGGUCAGGAAGAGUAAGUCACUCUGCUGUCUGGAAUGUCUAGAAGAGGGCGGCAAAAAUGGUGAGGGUUUAGAGAGCAAAUCCAACGAGAAAGAGUUGGGUCUGUUUAGCCCAGAUGUGGGGAUGAUUUAAGGUGUGAUAUGAUGACCAUUUUCAAAUAUGUGCAUAUUGAUAGUCACAUGCAUGUCGGGAGAAAAUAUGUUUUCUGCUGCUCUAGAGCAGAGGGUCUGGACCAGCAGGUUCAGAUUACAAGAAAAAGGAUUUCCACCAAAGAACGUCCUGUUGCAUGAGUUAUUUGACCGUGGAGUAGACCAUAUUUGAAGGUGUCGUGCCGUGCUUCAUGAGAGGUUUUUCAAUGCUUGACCCGAUAUUGGGGAUGCUGUAGCAAUGAAUUUCCAGCAUUGGCAGAGAGUUUUGACUAGAUGACCUUUGAGGUCUCAUUCAGGUUAUGUUGCUCCAAUUGCAGCUUUCUGUUCAUUGCCCUGCACUGCUUUUGUGCUAUGUGUGGUGUAGUUGUGGUUUUGCUUCUGGAUGUGGUUUGAUUUAAGUUAAAAUAUGCUGGUGUCAAGCUCUCCUUACAUUCUUGGGCAGCUCCCGGCUGGAUUGGUCAACCUGUGUGAUCCCCUCUCCCCAUGAUCCCGCCAGACAUUGGGCUGCCUCUUCAGCACAACCAUAGUAUUGCACAGAAGUUGUCGAAGGUCCUGGAUUUGAUUUCUGGUAUCUCCAGUUAAAAUUGCCUUCUUAAUAGAUUGCAGCAGGUUUGUAGAUCAUACAAAAUCAGAUUGCCCCCACGUAUCUCUUGCCGCACAUUCGUGGCCUCAGAGUGCAAAGAAAAGAGGUUCUAUUCCUGUUUAUGAAAGUUUACCUGGAGACUAUUCUUACUCGCCAUAGGUGAUCAGUGGCUCUUCAUAAGCCUGAGUUAAAAGGAUAUUGGGUAACAGAAGUCUCUUCCAGAUCUUGGAAAGUUUCCUGCUUGUCCUGGGCAUGCAGUGCUGUGCUCAAAGACACCUGGAUCUCCUGCUGCGGAGAAACAACUUGAAAUACCUGUAGCCUAUGUCGAUGUGGCACAUGGCAUGCCAGCCAUUGUCAGAAGUGUUUGUGUACACGAGGCAUUAGUAGACCUACAAGGGACCUGUUGCAAUUGCUGUUCUGCUGUUGCUAUCACUGUAUGUUUGGGCCCUUUGUAUUCUGUCUGCUAGUAAACAGUUGGCAAGCUUUGUGCUGGUGGCUUGAAGGAUUUUACAACCAUUUUUAAAUGUCUACACUGGCCAUUAUGGCUCGUGAAUGUUCUGUUUAUUGCUUCUUUUUGUCACUCCUUGGCAGAUUCGUCUUGGGCUCCUGCCUUUGCUUUUAUUGUCCAGUGUUAUUUAUACCCCAUGACUUGCAGAAUCCAGAUCUAAUUUAGUUUGUGAUUUAUGGACGCUUGCUUCUCUUCCAAUUCAUGUCAUUGUAUUGCCGGUAUGUCUGUCCUCCUCCUCCUCCAUUGCCACCACCCAGUUCCAACCCAGCAAGUCUAUUCAGGACUUCUUCUUUUGAAACGACUCCAAUCAGCCAAACCCGAUAAACAGAGCGGGGUGGCAACAACCCCCUAAUUUCAGAGGUUAAUUAGCUGCAUGGCAUCAGAUAUGCAAUGGAGGCCUUGAUAGAUCUCUGCGGUCUGUUGAUAUUCAAGCAGAUGGGUGCCUUCAAUUUGAAACAACCGUAAUUAAGUUUUGGUUAGCCAGGCAGGACUGUCACUGCUCCUGUGUUUACCUUGGCAGCAAACCAAAGGCAGGAAUUAUUCAAUCCAUAUUGGGAAUCUGAUUAUUGCUGCUAAACAGAUGAGUUGAUAUUACUCCUUAAAUCUCUUUAUAUUUGGAUGCUGCCUCCCACAUGGAUGGUGGUGGUUUUUCAGAAUGAAGCCAGAACGCUUGCUGCUCUUGGGCGACUUCUCUUGGCAACUGCUUCAUACCACAGAAGAAGAUGUGCAGGACCAGUGGUUAAGGCGUGCACUCUUUCGAGUUGUGCUUCAUCGGGCAUAGCGUGUGUUUGGCCAAGAGCCACGCAUGAAGGCACCCUUGCUUCUGCUGCAGCAGCCUUUCCCAGCUUGAUGGGAGUUGUCAUCCAAAACAUGUGGAGAGCACAGAGUUGGGGAAGAGCUGGUCUGGAGAUUGCCUAGCCUGAAUUGGAGCACUUUGCAACCCUGUUUCCCCGAAAGUAAGACAUCUCCCGAAAAUAAGACCUACUUACAGUUUUGCCUCUCGCUGUAAUAUAAGGCAUCCCCCAAAAAUAAGACCUCCCCAGAAUAUGUGUACCGUAUUCUUCUUCAUGGAAAAAUAAGACAUCCCCUGAAAAUAAGACCUAGCGCAUCUUUGGGAGCAAAAAUUAAUAUAAGACACUGUCUUAUUUUCGGAGAAACAGGGUAGUAGUGACAUACUUUUAGUGGCAUACUUUUGCUUUGGGGGGUGAUGGCAAGCAUCUAGGAGUUCUAGGACAGGGGUCAGCAACCUUUUUCAGCCGGGGGCCGGUCCACUAUCCCUCAGACCUUGUGGGGGGGCUGACUAUAAUUUUUUUUGGGGGGGGAAUGAAUGAAUUCCUAUGCCCCACAAAUAACCCAGAGAUGCAUUUUAAAUAAAAGCACACAUUCUACUCAUGUAAAAACACGCUGAUUCCUGGACCGUCCGUGGGCCAGAUUGAGAAGGCGAUUGGGCCGUAUACCCAUGUUCUAGGAUAGCUAUUUGUUUUCAUUUUACAUAGCUGCUCAGUGAGAGCUCUUGAGAUUCUAUUAGGAAGAAACAUAGGCAGGAUGCAGCUUAUGUGCUGAAAGCAGGCAAAUUGUAGCCUUCACAUCCAGCCCUUCCACUCUGUUGCAGGAAGUCACGCCUCAUGGUGGCAGAGCUUCAGCCGAGUUAAAUGCAGCUCUUCAGAAUCCGAUGGCUUUAUUGGGUCCUGGAUCAAAGUCUCACUUGCCCAAAGUAACUCGCUACUCAUUUAUUACCAAUCUCUUUUCAAACACUGGUUUAAACAGAUGGGUUUGAUAAUGCUUCUGGCGCAGUGGAGAAUGCUGACAGCUUUCAUUUCUGUGAUCAACCCUGUACUUAAUAGCUGAAGUCUCAAAUAUUGUGGUUAUUUUGGUGGUUACCUUUUUCCUAUAGGAAAGCAGAUGGGCCUGAGGCCCAAACUCUCCAGCAGAGAUGAGGAACAUGUGGCUGUGCAAAUGAUGAUCAGCCAGCAUGAUCAAGGAGUCUAGCAACAUCUGGAGGGCUACAGGGACCCUAUCCCUGCUCUUUAGUAGUGUCCCACACAUCCCAAAUUGCCUCUGUCCAUCCUAAUGAAAAGAAAGCUGUUACGAAAUUUCUGCACAUGAUCUACGUUUGAGCUGCGUUCACAGCACCAGAGCUUGGCCAAGGUGGAAGGCCCAGUGAAGAGCUAUCCUUUGAGUGCAGUAAAAUUCUAAAAUCCUGAUAGGAAUAUGACAGAUUUUAUGAUUUAAGUGAAACCACCAAUCAGCCUGUGAAUAAAUCUGUCAAGGCACAUUUAAUCAGGCACAGUUGGCACAGCUCUUUGCAUUAAAAGAAACCUAAUGGCUUUUUACGGGAUGUUGGUGCAUUGAGUUUGGCUUUCUACGGCUUUAAUCAAAAGCCAGGGAUGAAUAAUUAAUCGCUGGAUAUCGAACUUGGGAGUCCAGACGGGAACUCUGACUUGGACUUUUCCUUCAUAUGUUGUGACCUGACCAGUCAUAGCCUUGGAUAUCCAAAUGUGUAAGCAUGUUGUCAAUACUUUUGAAAUAACCAUCAUGUUUUGUAACAAUCUGUUGCUCAGAUGACCUGCCGUUCAGAUGAUCAUUGCUGGAAGAAAGAAACACCCCCAUUUUUUUGCUUUUAGGUAUGGACUCCAAAGAUUAGCCUGUCCAUAUUUGUAGCAGCUCCAAAAUAAAUAAAUAAAUGACAAUAUUUAAUUUUAAAUGAAGUCCUCAUUCCAGGGCAGAGGCUUGACAACCAUAUGUCAGGAGUGCUCUGAUGGUGUUUCCUGCUUGGCAGGGGGUUGGACUCAAUGGCCCUUGUGGUCUCUUCCAACUCUAUGAUUCUAAGAAAUGGUUAGGUGAAAGUGUACGUAUUUGUUGCCAUGCUGCCCUGUGAGAAUAAACUAUGAGCAGGAGCAGUCACCAGUAAGAAAAAGAGUUCGGAAUAGGCCAGUAUAGAUGUGGAUUGAAUCAAGUGACUUUUCUUCUUUAACCUAGCUCAGCGUUGUCCUCUGAACCGGCCAGAUGUUUAACUGACAAACAACCACAGUCCAUCAUUUGAAAAAUAUGACACGUGAGCCGUCUUGCUCCAAAAUGGCAACUAGGCAUUCCAUUCUGCAAUCUUGGUUUAAGGAGCCAUUGGGCACCCAGCUUCUAUAACUAAAUUUCUAACACUCUGUCGAGUGUGAUGUUGCUUCUAUAAGCUGGACGGUUCAGUUGGAAAACGAAGUAUUAUUUGCUGACGCCCUGUGUUUUACAGAGAGUGUUCUAUUUUUAUACUUGUGUGCAACCUUGGAAACCCUUGCAGGUAAGAGGUGGGGUACAAAUAUUUUAAAUAAAUUAAAAGGUAGGCUCUCUCCCUUCAAUUGGCUUCCUCCCCAGCUGCUGGCACAUGGCUUAGCAGCUGAGUGGCAGGAGGGAGGUUUUGGCUCACAGUCACCUUGUGCUGGGCAAGACAAGGCCUUUUUCUGCACAUUUUUCUCUGCUUUGCCAGCCUGCAGCUUGGAGUCACAGGGGUGAUCUGUGCCCCAAAGUUUGUACUGUAUAUAUGGUGCUGUGCCUGCUCUUCUGUAUGCACGUUGGGAGAAAUUCCCCCAGGCUUUCGGUGGUAGACUUGGGAUUUGAUGCGGGGGUGGCUGAUGCAAGGAUCAUACCAUGGUAAAAGAUUGGCAUGCAGAGCAGUAAAGUGAAGUAUGUUUGGGGGGUCCUGUGGAACAGCUUGGCUGAACAGAACAGCUUGGGCUUCUUAAAGGUCCCUCGCUGUGAAGGACAGGCUGCAUCUGUUGUUGCUACUCAAAGCCAGCCUGUCAUGGAGAGCAUGCAGGGCUUCAUCAGACGCCAGGGGAUGCUCCUCAGCGGAGUGACAGGGUGGAACUCUGGGCUUCAGUUGGGAGAUAAGCGAAAGUUAAAUACAAAUUCUACUACCUAUACAGCACUCCUCUGGAGUGCUCAGAUUGCUUUGCCUACAUUAACUGUAACCUUUAGCUCAGCUAAGGCUCAGCUUCAUGCUUUAGGCAGUGUUAGAAACUCAGAUAUAUAAGCUAAUCACCAAAUGCUACCUCAAACCUGGAUUAUGGUCACCACAACAGAAUGUCUAUGCGCCGUUUACCCCCCAGGUGGGAUUUAUUUUUAUUCAUUUCAUUUCUAUACCGCUUUAUAUUUUAAAGAGAAAAAAAAAUUCAAAGCUGUUUACAACGCAUUAAAAGAUCCAAUAAAACAAUCCAGAAUAAAACAAAUUCAGGCUUCAAGGAAAAUAUUUCAGAUCCUUCUCUUAAGGGGCCUUUUGCUUUCCCCAUAUUGAUCUGCCUGCUUAAUUUAUAGAGCUGCCCCGUAGCAGAGGUUCUCUCGGAAGCCAGUGUAGUGUAGUGGUUAGAGUGUCAUACUAGGACCUGGGAGAUCUGGGUUCAAAUCCCCACUCAGUCCUGAAGCUCACUGGGUGACCAUGGAGUCAGUCCCAGUCUCUUACCCUACCUCACAGGGUUAUUGUAGGGAUUGACUAAUAGAUAGAUAGAUAAAUAAUUAAUUUAUUAUUCAUACCCCACCCAUCUGACUGGGUUUUCCCAGCCACUCUGGGCGGCUCCCAAUAGAAUAUUAAAAACAUGAUAAACUGAGGAGGGAAGUGAACCAUGUACUCCUUGGAGAAUAAGUUGGGAUAUAAAUGCAAUAAACAAACUCUUCUGAUUAUCUGCUUAAGAAAGUUGGAGGGGCCAGCCAGGUGGAAAUGUCUUGUCACCAACCUGGUACCCAGAGAUCUCCAUGUGGUUGCAAUUGGACCUGUGCCAGUCGCAAAAUGCGCCUGGCGCCUGGCUAAUUUCUUUUUUUUUUUUAAAUGAUAUUUAUUAAAAUUUCAAAAGAAAAAGAUUACAUUAAUAAGAAAAAUAACAAUAAAAAAGGAAAAAUACAAAGUACAAAAAAGAAAAAACAGUUAAAAACAAUUCCAUCUUUUCAUCACUUCUCUUAUAUUUACUUGUUUCCCGGACCUCCUCAUACCUCCCUCUUUUGUAUUCCAAUUCAAUUUGUUAGUCCAGCAAUUCCUUUCCCUCCUUUUUAAUCCUGAUCUUUAAUCUUGAUAUAUUAUAACAUUAAAUUUUUACAUAUUAAAAACCAAUUUUUCCAUAUUCUUUUAUACCAUUACAGCUAGAAACCACUUAACUUCAAUCCAACAUCAUUCUAACAUUCAUUAAUUUUACAAUAUUUCUGUAAGUAGUCUUUAAAUUUCUUCCAAUCUUCUUCCACCGACUCUUCUCCCUGGUCUCGGAUUCUGCCAGUCAUUUCCGCCAAUUCCAUGUGGUCCAUCAUUGCGCCUGGCUAAUUUCUAACACUGGCUUUGAGUGACGUUUGAAUCAGGGCCUUGUGACCUAGAGCUCUGUCCUCUUAACCAGGACUCUACAUGACUGGCCCGGAUUCUUCCUUGCUUGGAUAGGUGGGUCCAGAAAUUUGUGCAGGUGAAGGAAAUAAAUUGUGAAGACCUCAACCCUGCGUGGCCUUCAGCUUAAGAGCUCUUACUGUCAUCUUGUUCCUGUCACGCAAGAAAGCUUUCAGGCUUCCCGUAGGUUUGCUAAUGGGGUAGGAUGUGUCUGUGGGUAGGAAAGGUCAGCAAAAUGAACAGCAAAGUCUGCAGUCAUGGGAGGAAUUCAUUCCUGGCCCUCUGCAGCUCUGAAAGUACCUUAUUUAAAGAAAAUGCCUGUAAAAAACUUCAAGCCCUUCCUCCAAAAUGGCUGCAUUCUGCAUAAGAUCAAGCUAAAUAUGAAUCAGGGUGGAUUUGAUUUAAAUCAAAUCGAUUGAAAUCAUGAUUUAAAUCACUAGUCAGUAAGAUUUGAUUUAAAUCAUUUUUUUACAGAAAGACUCAUUCUUGCUGGUAUCAUCUUAAUACUGUAUUUACAACUAGAGGAAGGCUUCAUUUUUGGAAUAAUAAAAUUUCAGAGUAGUUUUUACAGUUAUAUCAAAAAUUACUGAUUUGGUUAUACUAUUAGAAAUACGUAGAUAAUUAUGAAAUUAUUGUGAGGUUUGAUAACUUAACUGUUUAUAUUUGGACAACUUUUCUGCUGUACUAUAUUGGAAGGAGAAAAAUAAUCAUUUCCUUAAUAACAAUUUAAACAAUUUAUUUAACUAAAACAAUAACAUUAUAGCAUACAGUGGUGCCCUGCAAGACGAAUGCCUCGCAAGACGAAAAACUCGCUAGACGAAAGGGUUUAGCGAUUUUUGAGUCGUUCCGCAAGACGAAUUUCCCUGUGGGCUUGCUUCACAAGACGAAACGUCUUGCGAGUUCUUGCGAGUUUGUUUCCUUUUUCUUAAAGCCGCUAAGCCGCUAAUAGCCGCUAAGCCGCUAAUAGCCAUGCUUCGCAAGACGAAAAAACCGCAAGACGAAGAGACUAGCGGAACGGAUUAAUUUCGUCUUGCGAGGCACCACUGUAUGCAUCUAUGUUUGUUAACUGAUGUGGUUAAACAAUUUUUUUAAAAAAACAACAACAGACUGAGAUGUAACACACAUGAAAACCUUAAAACAAAUCUUUAUUUCAUGAUGAAUAGCCUUUGGACUAUAAUGUAACCUAAAUAGAAAACUAUCUUUAGAAAGAUUUUUCCUCCAAAAGCAUUUUAUUUUAAAAAUGAAAUUUAAAUUAAAAAAAUGAUUAAAAUAAAAAAUAUGAUUUUUAUUAUUUUUAUCUACACUAAUAUGAAUACAGAUGCAGUUAGGUCUAUCCUUGGUUGGAGGCAGCAAAGCUGAAUUAUUCUGGUUUUUUAAAAAAAUGAAAACAGCUGAUUUCUGGCUGAGUUUGAAGUAUCCAUAGAGUAGGUGGCAUAAAGGGAGUAGCUCAGGUGUGGCCUUGAAUUAGGGUGUGGAGGUAACUUCCACCUGGUGUUGUUGUUUACUAAAAUGCUAAAACAGUUUCAAAAUAGACAGCUGUAUCUGACUAGGUUUGUUGUGUAGAUCCAGCUGAAAUUUACCCAAGGUAGCCGUGUCUAUCAAUUUCAGUGUGUCUACUCUGAGCAAGGCUACCAUUGGAUGCCAUCCAAUACGGGAUGAAACAGCUAAAAUCGGUGAGAACCAGGAAAAGGCAAAGAUUGCGUAAUAAGCAACAGAUUAAGAGUAUACAAAGCAGUUCCAUAGUAUAUCCUGCUCAGAACUUAGGAAGAUGGGACACAUUUUCACCUGGGCAUAAAACGGACUCUGCUGCACUCCACAUACUUUAGUUUGCAGCUUCCAUCUUCCCCAGCCCAAAAUCCUGGGCACCAGCUUUCGGUUAUUAAAUGGCUGCGUGCUCGUGACUCCUGGGAUUUCCCCAACACUGUUGGUACUUGCUUGUCUCAUAUUGUUUGCAUGGUAUUCAUAUUCAAGUACCUGGUUGCAUUUUCUCCAUGGAAAACGCAUGCAAGGGGAAGAAAAUGAGGACCAACCCAGCUGCAAAAACAAACCAACCACAAUGGAGCUGCCUACAGGCAUAUUUAAUUAUUACAGGUUGCCUGUUCUUCUUGGCCUUGCCUUAAUUACAUUUUAAAAUGCGAAGAAUAUGAGACUGUUGUUUUUAAAUAGGAUUGUUGACUGCUUAUGUGAUGUAUACAGAAAUUACAGCACUUUCAGCAGACUGCUCAGCUCCCAUCAAUGGCCCUUUGAUUCUCUUUGGGGCUUGUGAAGCCAGAGGCUACUUGUGGCACACAGGGAUAUGGAAUCAGCUGAUGGUUGGUGCCUUGAAUAUUUUGACGCCCACAAUAGUCACUUGCGUGAAGCCAGUAUGCUGGGAAGGCCAUUGCUAGCUGGGCUCUGCUGAACUGGGUGGGUCUAGGCUGAGGAGUCAUUGGGCAUCUCUGGAGAUUUCUAGUUUCAGACAGAGUGCAUUAGGGCUGCAAUCACAAAGCUGGCCAGCCAGAGCCAGAAACCGAAUUUAGGAAAGGGUUUUAAUGAUAUUUCUUAGUCUUAAUGCCUCUUUCUGUGCUGUGGCUGCUUUAAUAAGAUGCAUUAUUCAUCUGGAGUGGGAUCUUGGUGGGUGGAAGGGCAGGCUGUCUUUUCUGGCAUAGGAUUAGGUCAUAUUUCCAAGACAGUUUUUGUAUUGUCUGGGAGGGAUGAAGCACUGUUUGUGCUGUGGAAUGGACUGGAGCUGCCUCAUUUUGCAAAGCAGCUCGUUCAGCUAAAUGGAAGUUGUUGAUCCUGCAAUUUAGCAAGACCAAAAAUCUGGUGCAGUGUAUGUGAGGCUUUUUUUUUCUUUAAAGGAGAACUUUCUUUUUAAGUUGUUUAAUGUGGAAUAAUUUUAUUCAUUAUAUGUGUUAUUUUUUUUUUAAUGCUGCUUGUCACCAUGGGGCUGGGAAACCUUUUUCGGCCAAGGGUCACGGACGGAGAGGGGGGAACGACUCUCGCCUAGGCUAAAUCCCAGCCACACAGAAGCCAGAUGUUUCCUCUGCACCACCCACACCCCAAAUCUCUCCCUUCUUCAGGCAAGGAAGAUUCAGCAUCUUGGUUCCAGGAUGCAUUACAACCAGGCAAAAGCAUGCAAGAAAGGUGUGGGGCAGGACUGGUGGGAGGUGUGGCUUGGGGAGUAUGAGAAGGGGCUGGGGGAGGCACAUUCAGCCCCUGACCUGAAGUUUCCUCACCCCUGAAGUGUAGUAAUCUUAGUAAUACAGACUUAAUUUGUCCCUUUUAAGCAAGAGUGGUGAUUUCUUCAGUUUUUCUUUCAUAGUAUUGAAUCCUUAGAUUUGCAGACUCUGUUUGCAUGUGGCAGUUGUAUCACAGCAACAUUUGGAGAGUAACAUGCCUGUCCCUGAAUUGUGGUUUACCACAGCGUGCGAGCUGGGCUUCUGUUUGUUUAAAUGCACAAUUCAUUUGAUGGGAGUCAUUUUCCUGGUUGUCUGUAUUGAACUGUUGCCUCUAGGCAUGCAAACAGGUUCAUUUUGCUGUUUGUUUUUUGUUAUAAUCUGUCGGUGACUGUCAUAAAGAAGGGUUGGCUGGCAGUUAAUAACGCCUGUGAAGUGCCCUGCAAGGGUGAUGUGCAAAAUGCAUUACAAGUCAUCACCGUAAAUUUCCCAGCAACAAACUUGUCACGUUACCAUUUUAAAGGUGGGGGAAACAAAGUUUGCAAGGUCUGAUGGUUUCCAAUAGAAACUAGGCAUUGCUCUCUGCUUUGCCCUGACCUUCAAGGCUUUCGUGAGCAUCCUCUGGUCAUAUGUUGGGUACUUUCAGGUGCAGGUGAGUCCCGGUCUGGGAAGAAGGUGGAAUUUAAAUCAAUAUAAUAACAGCAACAACAACCACGGCCUAGGACCACCGUAUAUACGGGACUGCCUCUCCUGCUGUGCCCUACGGAUGACCUUAAGGUCCAUAAAUAGUAACACCCUAGAGGUCCUGGGCCCUAAGGAAGUCAGAUUAGCCUCAACCAGAGCCCAGGGCCUUUUCAACACUGGCCCUGGCCUGGUGGAACGCUCUGCCUCAUGAGACCAGGGCCCUGCAGGAUCUGAUUUAUUUCCGCAGGGCCUGUAAGACAGAGUUGUUCCGCCUGGCCUUUGGCUUGGAAUCAAAUUGAUCCCCUCUUCCUUUUUCCUUUUUCCUUCUGUGAUGGAACUCCUGUUUGGAGACUUCCCUGGCUUUUUUCUGGCCCACCUAGGACCAGUCUGGAUAGUUGGCCUUGGUGAAGACUUGACAUUUUCAUCCCCCAAAAAGUUUUUGAUUUGAGUUUCUACUGAAAUGAGGCUGCAUUUUAAUGUUGUAUUUUAAUCUUGUUUUUAAGUUGUAUUUCAAGCAAUUGUUUUUAUGCCUCGUGUUAGCUGCCAUGAGCCCGGUCUUGGCUGGGGAGGGCAGGGUAUAAAUAAAAUUUAACAACAACAACAACGGAAUGCAUUUCCAUAUGCAGAGACCACUAUAUGCUUGGGAACAGGUAACAGAGAAGGCUGUUGACUUCAUCCACAGAAGCAUCUGGCUGUUCCUUGUUGAAAAGGGGAAUCCUCUUGUGUAAAACUCCUUGGAAUCGGGCGCAGCCAGCCUGCUGGCCGGGCAGGGUCAUGUGGCAGAGUGGGGAGCGGGGAUUACAUGUUUUGCCCUGGGGUGACCCUGUUAGUAGCUUGCAUUGGUGUAAUUGAUGAAUGACUGGAUUUGCCAGCUUUGAUAUCUGCACUAAGAGCAUUUGCAAAGGCUGGCUUACUUGCUUCUCCCUCCAACUUAAUUUCAAACUCUGAAAUUCGCUUAAGGACAGCCCUACACACCACCGUGGUGUGAGCCCCUGGCAAAGUUUUGCAUAACAAACUCCUCCUGUGAUGGUGGUGGGAGUUAAUUUUCAGGCCCUGAUCAUCCUAGAGGUGCGUGUGCCCUAAGUGUAGCCUCUGGGGUGCUUUGAAUAAGCAAGCCACUUGUACAUAAUUGUGCCGUGUCAACUGAGAGCGUGGCAUUGGCGGGUCAAUUAAAACGGACCCGCGAUCUUGCAUUAUGUCAUUGCUUUGCAGAUUUUCAGUAUGCAUCCAUUUGGAAAGAAUGUGUAGGUUUUGCAAGCGCUGUGGAAUGCCGUUGGUUAACCUUCUUUUGUAAGCCUUACAAUGACAGCUUGUGUGCCGCUGAACGCCCAAAUCCUGAAGGGAAAAGGGAGUUCCUCUGAUAUGAUAGCAGAAGGAAGCCCAAUUUAACCUGUGGGAGACUGAGGAAGAAGGCUGCUGCUGGAUGUUAGGAGAUGCAGAUACAAAGCCCAAGGGCUCUUGGGGAACAAGCUUGCUACGAUGCUGAUUAUUAACCUACCUCUCAGGAUUGUUCUGAGGAAAUGAUAUCAGUCAGCUGUCAAGCACCUAUUUUUAUAAUGAAGAAUACAGCAAAAAUGACUUAAUGGGAUUUCAAAAUUUCCUUUUCCGCCUGCUUUUGUUGUGAAGCCCUGCGUGUGGUGAUAGUCCAGUCACAAACAUUCCAAAAUACUGGCCUACAUUAUGGGGCUCUUAUAAAUAUAUCUUGGCAAUCCUACAUUGAAGUGCUAUAUAAAUGUACUAAAAAUAAGUGCCACUGGAGGAUGCCUGGAGAGUGGCAAGAAUUGAAUAUUGCCAUUAUCCAUGUUCUGUACUAUGGGCACUCCUCAGAGGUGCAGCCACCUGGGCAGACGUUGCCACAGCAUUUGGGCUAGUGACCAUAAUAACUUGUCUUUAUCAGAGGCACCUGGGAUUUGAAUCCCCAACCUCAUAGUUCUAAACUUAUUUAACAAUUUUGGGCUAAAAUGAGCCAUGGCUGCUGGAAGGGGGAAGGGUCUUUUGGAUGGACCAGGGCUCCACCUGGAGUCCCCGAGAAUGCUUCUAGGAACAUGGGAAGCUGCCUUAUGCUGAGUCAGACCUUCUGUCCAUCUAUCUUAGGAUCACCUCCAGCUGUUUUGGGACUGCAUUUCCCAUCAUCCCUGACCACUGGUCCUGUAAGCUAGGGAUGAUGGGAGUUGUAGUCCCAAAACAGCUGGAGGGCCACGUUUGGCCACCACUGACCUACACUGACUGGCAGGGUUUUUGACAGCCCUACCUGGAGAUACCAGGGAUUGAACCUCUGGCAUCGUGCACGCAGGGCAUGUGCUCUGCGACAGGACUGUGGCCCUUUUCUGUUAGUGCCGUGAGGGGGGAAAUGGAACAAAUUCCACUUUGUGCAGCAAGUUUACAGAAUUCACCAGCUCACUAGGGCAGCAUGGACACUAGAAUGGCAAGAGAUAAAUUAUAUAAAUGAGCAUGUGCAUCUUAUUUAUUCCAACAAGCUUUUAUACUGGUGUUGCUCUUCAGAUAUUGGUGCUGGGGUCUGAGUAAUUUUUAUAUGUUCUCCAUGCUUUGCUUUCUGUGAUAAUUUACAGCAGGGGUAGGGCCUGCUGGACCAAAAUGUCCCCAUCAUCCCUGAUCAUUGGCGGUCUUGGGCUGCCAGGAGAGUGACAGUAUCUGCUAGGUGUGCCACCUUAGCUAUCUCUGCUUCUACAAAGCGGCAUGUGGUACCUGUCAGAUGACUCAAGGGUAAGGCAGAGUAUUUAAAAAUGGAAGAAUGCCUAUCCUUCCGCUUAACACCGGAUGAACUGGGAAGUACUGGUUUCUUCCGUAGGUUCACUCUAAGCAGCAAAGGCACCAUGAAUUUUGCUCUGAGGAAUGCCAGAGGCAGAAGCACUGGUCCAAUGCUGUCCCGGCAACCCACUAUUUGUGCUUGACCUACUGGAUGCCCAGAAUCUGCCUCCAUCUCUGAGAGGAUUAUGCAGGAACUUCUUCUAUGUGUACAUGCUAUUCCCCAGUUGUCCAUUACUAGAAUUCUUACAUCACCCUCUGCAUUUGAUAUUGGCUGUUGCUGGAGAAGAGGCAGCUGACUGGGUAAAUGGAAGCUCUGUUUUUGAGUUGCAAACCAUUGUCUGCUGCAAGACUUCCCCGUAUCACUUGUUCUCAGACAUCACUUAUCACUCCUUACUCUGUUGGGGUGUGUGUUUGUGUGUGUUAAGUCUGACAAACAUGGAAGCAAGUCCCAGUUGGGUUGCAAGCCAUUUACUGCGCAGCGAGUGCUUUUCAGCAGCAGGGCAGAGUCUCUCUACCAGCAUGUGAAUAAUUCUGACAGAUGUAAAACUGUUUCACAGUGGGUAUUAACUGCUGCAGUUUUAACAAACUUGACUCUGGAUUUUUUAUAUAUAUAUAUAUAUAUAUAUAUAUAUAUAUAUAUACUUUUUUAAAAAAAGAUUUUUCUUUGGUAACAAAAGUACAUAUAUCAUCUAUUGUUUCAUACAGUUGACUCUAAAUUUUAAACUUCUUUCCCCAUUUCUGGCAUGGUUUUUAAGCUGUCCUGAGCUCCCUUUUGAGAGGACAAAAUGAGAUAAUGACAUCUCUUGGCUAUUGUGGGGUGCUGGGGACCCUUUCCCUUCAGUGUAUGCCCCCUGCCACAAGUUGUCAGUGAAUUGAUUUGGGGUGGGGGUGAACUGCAAGAAGAUCAAACCUAUCCAUUCUGAAGGAAAUCAGCCCUGAGUGCUCACUGGAAGGACAGAUCCUGAAGCUGAGGCUCCAAUACUUGGGCCACCUCACGAGAAGAGAAGACUCCCUGGAAAAGACCCUGAUGUUGGAAAAGAUUGAGGGCACAAGGAGAAGGGGACGACAGAGGAAGAGAUGGUUGGACAGUGUUCUCAAAGCUACCAACAUGGCUUUGGCCAAACUGUGGGAGGUAGUGGAAGACAGGAGUUCCUGGCGUGCUCUGGUCCAUGGGGUCACAAAGAGUUGGACAUGACAAAACGACUAAACAAUUGUCCCUAUCUGUGCUUCACUUGCAGGAGGAGCACAGACUUGCCUUUUAAAGUUGAACCCAAUUAAGUGAAAGGUGGCUUUCCUCAUCCCCUAAAUUUUAGGCUGAGCCUCCUUUCUUCACAACUCUUGAUCCUCUGACUUGUCAAACUUGUCCAAGAGGUGAGCCAAAAGUUAAAACGACCUGAUAAACUUGACAACCACUGGCAAGAUGAGGGGUCUCUUAGCCACUUAACCUGGACCAAGUGAAAGGGUCAUGUAAGCAGCAGAGUGGACCUGAAAUAUUGUUGGCUUGCAUACUCAGGAACAUGAUUUUUUUGGGGGAGGGGGGACACUGCUUUUCUCUUGAGUGACAGGACUUCUGUAAGUGUUUAGAGACAGUUAUAUGGCAGUUGACAAAGGCCCAGGAGUCCAUUUGAUGUGGGAAAAGGAGGGACUUCCAGGCGAGGUGUCCCAAUAGUGUUGUGCAAAGUUUCCUGAAAACGCACACACGCAUAAGCAGCAAACUAGACUGUGUUUGCCCAUAAGAGAACUCCAAAAUCCAUAGUAUGCAAAUAUCUUUAUUAGGCCAACCAAAACAUUGCAAAAUAGUGUGCAGGCUUCCGAGUUUUCCAGAACUCUUCAUCAGGCUAUAGUAAACAGUGCAAUACAGUGGAAAUAAGGGAUGGGAAUUAGCCGACAUUGAAGUCUACGUUUGGUCCCAGCCUUGCAAUUUAAUGAGGAGCUUUCAGGUGAAGCUGUUGUUGUGCUAUGCUGAUAUCAGGCGGCACCAAAGCUUUACAGGGACGCAGUUGCUUUUGUUAUUGGUGUGACUUGGUUUGUUGUACCGAUUAAUGCUUUACUUAUUUGUACAAUUAUUUGACUGAUAAAUUGACCAAGGUGGUUUUGGUUUUUUUUUUUUAAAUUAGUCAAAUGACCUGUCAGGACAUAUUUUUGUGUCACCAUGCAUUUUCCUAAACAAUAAAGCACCACUUUAUUUACCACUGGAAGGGCUUACUGAAAACCUAUUUAGGGGAGUCUUUACCGGAAGAUACAGACGUUUUGUGCAGACGACAUUUCACAGGGGAACUGAAUCUUGACAGUUUGCUUUCUGUUUCAUUCUUAGGAGCAUAAGAGCUUGUUAGGAUGUGGCUACAUAAGAGGGAUAUCGUUUGCGUUGCCCCAUCUGACUGUUUUGUAUUAGGAUUCAAUUUUUGUGAGUGCCCAUUCUGUUUUGAGUCAAGUGAGUAGGUGCUGACAGAUGAAGGAGGCAGCUGCAAGAAUGAGCCAUAGACCGGCAUCUAAUUGAAUGAACGCAGACUGAAUACUAUUCAGGCUUUCUGCUUGUGAAUGAGCACUCAAGAAUUCACAUGUGUGAGGUGCAGCUUGCUCAGUCUUUCAACUGGGUAGCUGCUUACUGCUCAGUUCUUACGGACUGCAUAUUAUUUUAAUGGGGCAGUUCAGCUGAUAGGAUGUUUCCUACAUUCCUUUUUGGUUCUCAUCCAUGAUGGUAAAGUUCCUCUGUGUUUCUGUGUUUGCACUAGAGUCCUUGCAUUGCACAUGCCAAAGAAUUUCUAGACAUACUUGUCCCCUUCCUUUUGAGAGACAAAAACAAAAGCACAUUUUUACCAACUGCCCCCACCGCCACUGUGAGCCCUGCCUUCUGUAAUACCUUUUGGCAGAUGGUACGUCUCGAUUAGAUCAAAUUAGUUCUAUUUAUGCUGUAGCCUGAACAUGAGACACUUUGCUGUAGCACUUGGUGGCAUACAGUCAUGUACACAAUUUGACAUUGUCUCCAUGCCAGUUAACCGUUCUGCCUCACAGGCUCUGACCUAUACGGAAUCUCUUUUGUCUUCUAAACUUUGGAUCUGAGGCUUAGCUGGCUUUCUCCCCCCCCCCCCCCGACCCAGUUUGUUCUAAUGCGGAACUAUUUUUGCAGCUUGAUAUGCUGACCGAAGACUUUUAACUUCCCAAAUCAGAAGCUUCAUAGCUGUGUAUACUUUGUCUCCCACACAUGACUGCGGAUGAAAUCCUGUGAAAUGUUUGGAUGGGUGGAAUAGCUUUGUGUGUUUCAGGUUCACUGUGUCAGUUGCAUCUGGUUAAGAUUAUUAUUCAUUUAUAUGCCACCCAUCUGACUGGGUUGCCCCAGCCACUCUGGGCGGCUCCCAAUAAAAAAUAGUAAAAACGCAAUACAACAUCAAACACUAAAAAGUAAAAAGUAUCAAACACUGAAAAGAUGCAUUUUCCCUGUAUGAGAACAAGGUCUUUCUUUCCUAACUACAUAAUUAGCACCAGGUACUUCUCUGAACCCCAUCCCAUUCUGAUGACCCACCGAAAAUAAACAUUCCCAUCAUGCAAACUGCCUUUUGCAAACCUAGCAACUUCUGAACUCUAAAAACCUUAAUCCUUCAGCAGUGGUGGUGAGCUGAGCUCAGAAAGGACUAAAUAAAUGUGAAAAUGACUUCCAGUUGCUCAUCUGGGUGAUGUGUAAAUAGGGAGAGCAGAUGGCUUUGCAACUAUAUCCUUCCAUUUUACAAUAAUCCUUAGAGACUGAUAUUUUUGGCUGGUUGGGUCAGAUCUGCAGGUGUGAAGAAUGCAGUUGUGCAGUCCGGCUAGCUAAGCUAAUAAAAUGUCCGUUUUGUCUGUUUCCUGGUUCUGUAGGAAAAAGCAACCCCAUUGUAAUAUUUGAAUAAUGUGAUCUUAAUAGCAAGAAGAAAAGGAUCACUAAGGGGUUUUAAUAGCUCUUAAGUUCUUCAUGCAGAUUCUCAGUAAUUCUUUCAGCGAGAGAGGCUCAAAGGAUCUAAGGUGGUCAGGAUAGAGGCUGAUCUGUGAAUCUGCAGCAGAGGUUAGAUUAUUCAGAGAUAAUAUUCUUGGCCACUACAUGUUGAAAAAGACAUUGAUAAUGACAGCCGCCCGUUUGCACUUUGCCUGUAAUGAGACUAUGUGCUCUGCUGAGUCACGGGCAAAGAGAGCAGCAGGGUGGACUGUUUCUACAAAGCAGCCAUUGCUGCCUGCUUAAGGUGUGCUGCUUCUGGCUUAAGUUAGUUUUACCUUCUUAAAAUUAGGGUGUUUAAUGUGGCUGGGCAUUGAGAUGCCUGCUACUUAGCUUUUUGUAAUUUUAAAUCCCUGCUCAGAUCUGUAUCUGCAGCCUCGUAUUUGCAUUAGAAUGUAAAACAUACACAUGGACAGUGUUAGAAACUCAGAUAUAUGUCAGAAGCCAAAUGGCUCCUUAAACCAAGGUUGCAGUCGCACCUGCUUUCCUGGCAUAAAGUCUCAAGUUCAAUUCCCAGCGUCUCCAGGUUGGGCUUGGAAGGGCUUCUAAAGCCCAGGAGUGCAGCUGUCAGUCAGUGCCAAGCUUAGAUGUUUAAUGUCGCUAGCAGAUGCCUUUAUAGUAAGGCUGCUCUCUGUGUUAUAUCAGACCCCUGAAUAUUCUGUCUCUCUGAUAGUGCUGUUGAGUAGAACGAGGUUGGCAAGUUUGCCAGUAUUUUAAAGCACUUCAAGGUCAGGGAGGGAACGAAGCCUGAGAAAGCUGUCUUUUUUUGGGUGGCAAAAAUUCUUUCUGAAGUAUUUCUUCUUGUGGCUUUAUAAGACUACAAAAUGGAGCCUGCUUCCUGAGGAGAGGCAUAACUGCAGCAGCAGUUCCUAACAAAAAACUUUUUGAUGGAGUUGGCCUUUAAGGAUGAUCUCAUCUCGGUGACCAAUCUGAGCAAUAUGCAAUGCUCCAGCUAUUUACUAAGACAAAGGACUGCUGAGCUGCCUAACCACAGAGAGUCCAGCCUGCUGGAUUGAGAGCUGUCUGGAUAGCAGCACUGGGGCUGCAGGGAAGGGCAGAUACCAGCAAAUAACCCUGGCUAGAUUGUGUGGUGAACAGGAUUUCCUGGUUAGGAGGGUUAAAUGUUUCUCUCUGAAAUCCAGAGCUUUCCUGAUCCAUUUGGAGCAUGCCUGGAACAUCCAACUGCUGCAAUCACAGGUGUAGAUAAUAUGUUAAAUAUUACUUCUAUUGAAUUACACUGAAGGCACACCCCUUUACCCUGGAUUUUGACAUUUGACAUAUAUACUCUUGGGACCCAGCUGAUUUCUGUGAUUGUAACUGGCUCUGGGACCUUAGUGUGAAGGGCAGGCGGUAACAACAACUUGUGUGUAUGUUCAGAGUUUUAAAGUUGUGCCUGAUUUCCCUUUUCUUUUAACUGGUAAAGUAAUAUCAGAGCUCCUGAGAAUGGGUGAAAUAUCCAAUAUCUAUGCUGAGAAAGUUCUUGACUUCUGCAAACCCUGUUUACAUUCUUUUGCUUCUUGUUUAACUUGGAAACUAGUAACACACUUUGAGGGUUUUCUCUUUCAGCCUUGAGGGUUAGAAACGUUCCCUAAAUGUUGAAAUGACUAACCAUGAAAUCCUUGAUUGCUUGUAGUUUUAUAGGAUUUCAUGGGAGAGCACAUUUUCCUUUCUCCAAGGUGUGACCCAAGCCAGGUGGAUCGUCUCCAGCUUAAGUACCUGGCAGGUGGUGUCAAAAACUGAACGCAUAAUUGGAGUGAAAGAAAAGCAUAUUUUGCACAAGGAGAAAAAAAAUGGGUAAAUGUUAUUUUUUUAGCUUUCGAAAAGUAGUAUCACUACAAAGCAAUUCAUGAGGACCAUGAAGCCAUGUCUGUGUUGAAAAGACUUAAAUUCACUUAAUUAUGGACCAAGGAAGGUCAGAGCAGAAUCUGCUUGAAACUUGCGAGCUGCAUCUUAUGGAACCUUUAAAAAAAUCAAAAUGUGAUGACGUUUUAGCCAGAUGUACUCCCUCCACAUUCUUUCUGUAAGGUAAACCAGGUCACUCAGCUAAACUGAUUAGGUCAAAUACUUAUCUGCUGCUGAGCAGAUUCAGAUAUUGAAGGUUUGUGAAGAACACCCAAGGACUGAUACUAGCAUCCCAGGAAACUCAGUGUGACCCAGCACCUAGAAACUAUCAAAUGGCACUAAGCACCUUGGGUUAUAUUUCAAAGUAAAGGAAAAUAACUUUGGCACUUUCUUAUAAUCUCUUAAACUUGCUGAUUGGAUCUUGUGUUCAGUUCCUUAGAUCGUGGAUGCAUUUGAUUGGAUUCUGCAGUCAUGCGCUUCGCAUAGCAUUGUGACGCACCUAUUGCUAUCUCUCGCGUUGCUCCGCUUUUGGGCCUCGCUUCAUACUCUGGGUGUAUAUAUACCGGCCCACCGGCUUGAUGAAUUUUUGGAGAGCUGGACUCCGGCCCAUGGAAGCCACAGUGAAUUUGCGAGUAUUUCAAGUGCCAUAUGACAGUGUUGUCUUCGUAGCCACAGGCAAACAUAGCUGCUGCUCUGGCAUGUAGCCUGAGCUCUUGUUGGGCUGUUGCAAUGAUUAAUAACUAAUGCUACUUUCACAUAAUGAUUUAAUGGUGAUAUUUUACAUAGAAACAUAAUCCUUACAACAGUAGAUAUUUGUUGUCCUCAUAUUUGCAUAUAACACCUCUGUAAAUUGAGUGGAUGGCAGCACAGCACAUUUUUAGUACCAAGACCCUAAUAGUGGUAGCUGAGUAACUGUGGUCUGUAGCAAAUGGUCUUUGGUUUCUAUGCAACUUGCACAUCAGUUCUCGCUCGCCUCUUCCCUAACCCUUCCCCCCAACCCGAAAGGAUUUUGGUCACCUCUAAAAAAUAGAAAAUAUUGGGGUGGAAGCUGUAUGAUUCAAUGGGUAACCCAUUAUGUCCUGGUACUGUGUUUUUGGAUUGAGCACAGCUUCCCUUGAGUAACAGACUUCUGUAAAAUGGCAUUUAGUGAUGUCCAACUGUCUCGUUGCAUGGCCUUUUGGCUCCCAAUUCCCCCAGUGGAUAGGUGUUCAUUGACAGCUUCAUCUUGAACCUAAGAAGAGCCUGCUGGAUCAGGCCGAUGGUCCAUCUGUUCCAGCAUCCUGUUCUCACAGUGGCUGACCAGACGCCUCUAUAGUAAUGGGAAACCCAGAAGCAGGAUCAGAGCACUAGAGCCAUCUCCCGCCAUGUGGUUUCCAGCAGCUGGUAUUCAGAAGCAGUGUUGCCUCUGAUUGUGAAGACAGAGCAUAGACAUCCUGGCUAGUAGUUGUCAAUAGCCCUUUUCUCCAUGAAUAUAUGGUCACACUUUCUGUCUCUUGUGAUGCGGAUGGUUGUUGCUAAAUUACAGUACUGUGGCUGGAUGCUUGGGGUGCCUAUACCUGAAAUAUGGGCGGAGGAAACCUUACCUUUAUAGAUUUUUAAAGUAUGCUUUCCUCUGUCCCUCCCUCAUCUCCUUUGGUGCCAAGCAUGGAGAGUUGGAAUCUGGCUAGGCAGGAAGGUUUGGCUUAAAGAGUCUACUCCUCCUCUUCCACAUGAGGCAAGGUAACUCUUAAAAGGAGGGGCAUUGCUUGUUGACUCUGAGUAUUUGGGAAGGUGAUCGUCCAUCCCUUACUGGUGGGUUUGAUAUUCUGAAGAGUGGUUUGGACAACUGUUUUGUAAUAGAAUAACACAUAUUGAUGACUAAUACAUAAUACAAACUUAUGAAUAGAUCUUGUACGCAGCCCAGAAAAGUCAUUGGUUUGAAAGACAGUCUAAGGAUCAUGUUGAGAGAAUAUCAGUACUGUAGUUCUUGACCAGGUGAGGGAAUGCUAGGUGAUCUUUCAGCAACCUCACAGUGUUAGAAUCCUUAAAUUUCUUUGGGAGUAAAAUAGAAUACAAAUACAGUGAAAAGGUAUCUCAACAGCCUGCAUUGAGAAGCAUCCUUGCAGCAAGCAAAACCAAAAUCAGUUUGGAGUUUCCUGGCCAACUUUUUCUAAGAGAUGGGAUCCCAUCAGGCACUGUGGAAGCUGUGCUGUGAGCAAAAGGGGAGUUUCCCCUCCAAACGGCACACUGUGCUAUAUGUCACACUGUCUUUGAAAUUGGGCUAGCACAAGCCCUUUGCACAGAGCCAAAGCAGCUGUUGCAACCUCAGCUCUUUCUUUGUCCAUACACCUUUAUGGGGCAGGUCGAUCACUGCAGAGAUAAGCCUGUAAUUGCACCCUUGUAGGUAAGACUGAUUUCCUUCUGUGCAGCAGCUGGGUAUGAAGAUGGAAGCUGUUCUUUUCCUUGGCCUUGGGUGGGAACCUAGUGAGGGAGGUGUCCUCUGACCUCCCUGACAAAUGGAGAGCAUUAGAUGGCUAUAAUAGGCUGUAAUCUUCUGCUCCAGGAGUGAUAGCUCUUUUGUUUCCUCCAGCACUCUGAGAGCCAAUCGCGGUGAUUUCCAGAGUCCAGUUACCUUAAUGGAGAAACAAAAGUACCAGCAGGCUGUAAAGCUUGAAAUUCAAGUAGGCAGAGGUGACAUGGAGCUCCAGUGGGCAGGCUGCCUCUGUGGCUCAGGAGCUGCUGCUUUCAAGCUGGUUCAGAUUUCAUCCAUAGGAAGAGGAGGAGGAGGAGGCCUCUGGGGAAGAGGUUUAAUCAGAACUGAGCAGCUGAGGUUGUUGCUGGCAUCAGGGUAGUGUGACUAGGUCCAUAAAUCUAGCAGGGUGUCUGCAUUUCCCCAAAGACUCAGAAUAAUGUUCCUACCCACCUUAGUGAUAGAAUCAUAGAAUUGUAGAAUUGGAAGGGACCACAGGGGUCAUCUGGUCCAACCCCCUGCAAGGCAGGAAUCUUUUACCCGAUGUGGGGCUCAAACCCACAACCCCGGGAUUAAGAGUCUCAUGCUCUACCAAGUGAGCUGUCCCUGCUGUCACAAUAUAGGCUUUGUUACUUUGGAACAUAGAAGCUACCUUGUACUUUUAAAAUGCUUUUUAUUGAGGUAUAACAGACAGGUAUAAACAAACAGUACAAAGACGCAAGUCUGCAGCUUUUACAAAGGAAGCUGCCUUUUAUAAUACCUUGGUAUUGUCUACAAGGACUGGCAAUAGCUCACUGGGGUUUCAGACAGGGAAGAUUCGUAGCCCUACUGUGAGAUAACAGGGAUUAAACCUGGAACCUUCUGAAUGCAAAACUGGUGCUCCACCAUUGAAUUACAGGCUUGCCCCCCCUCCCCCAAAUUAUUGGUAUUAAUGAAAUGUCGUCAGGCUGCCUUGAUGCUCCAGGGAGAUCUAUCCUUUGCCACUAAAAAUGGGUGCAGAGACUGAAUGUAGAAUUGUGUCCUGAACAAGUGUACAGAAUUUCAUUAUUAUUGUCAAAUUCAGUUAGAUAUAAAGCAAGCAAAUGGGGUGCCAGUUUGGUGCAUUAAGCCAAAUUCAAUGAUACUGAGCCCCUUUCUGGUGUUGUUCUCCUUUUGCAAUGAGAAUAAGAGCAGAUAUGUGCUUGCUAGCUCUGACCCCUCUGUUGUGUUCUCCUCACUUCGCCUCCUUCCUGCUGAGCUCAUGGUGGCUCCCCGUACAGUUUUGGAACCCCGCAAGAUCAGGGAGUCGGUGGGCAGGAUUCAACUAAGUUGUUGUGUGCACGGAAUGACGUCUGCUCACACAAUCCUUUCUCUCCUCUCCCACACCCCUGAAAUCUGCUCUGGAGAUUUGGGGGAACCCGCAAAAGAAAUUUUGGGGGUUGAUGGGAGAGGAGAGUGGAGAAAAGUCUUGUUGCACGAGAUACCUUUGUUUUAUGCAUGCAAACCCCACUUAGCUCUGUACUGAAUUCCACCCAUUGCAAGUAGAGCAGGGUCCCAACUGCAGAAGCUCUUCUUAAACCCACAGAGGGCUAUGUCAGGAUCACGAUGGAUGGGGUGGACCCAGCAAAUGCAGCCCCUCUUUUCUCCUCCAGUGCAGCUGGAAUCACACGAGAGGGAAAGAGUGAGCAGGGUUUUUGUGCGUCUUAGUCUUGCUGGUUUUUUUUUUUAAAUAGGCCAUCUUCAUUCAGACUUUGCCAGAAAUGGGAGAAGAGCGCCUUGUCUUCCAUAUUUUGUUCCAAAGUAAAUAUCCCACCCUGUUACGGUGGCUUAGCUUCAGUUUUGGAAGCAGCUUUUGAACACUUGCUCAGACUUUUGUCACUUUAUUCAGUUAGGGGAGGUUGAUCUGAAUUGUAGUAGGGCUCAUGCAGCCACAUGGGUUUCUAUUUUUGGCUUUGGGUUGAGUUACAGCAAAGCCCUCUGGUGUAAUGGCCUUGCCGGUCCUGGGAGAAUGACAGGGCUUGGAUGACUUCAGUCUCCUUGACUUGGUGCAGUUGGGAAAGGGUUGCUGCGGAUUAGACUAACAGGGUUAGCUUGCACUGCGAAAAAGGCAGAGCUUGAAAUUCAGUUCUUUAGAAUGAAAAUGCCCCCAUGACAGACUGCCAGUGACAGUUAUUCAGUCAAACUAAGCCUAGUUGGGCCUAAGUUAGAUUGCAGUCAAAGGAAUAAAUUGACUUGGUUUUACUCAUUUGUUCCCAAUACUUAUGGACCACUUUUCACCAUAAUAUUUAUUAUUACCAUUACCAUUAUUAAUUAGAUUUAUAUACUGCACUUCAUGAAAAGAUCUCAUAGAUGGUCACACUGCACUUUACAGAACAAAUUUAUAUUUAUUUAUGGCAUUUCUCCCCCACCUUUUUCUCCAAGGAAUACGUGGUUCACCCCUUUCUUCAGUUAAGCCCUAAAAUGACCAUGUGAGGUAGGUUAAGAGGCAGUGACUGGCCCAGAGUCACCCAGUGCAGUGAGCUUCGUGGCAGAGUUUGUAUUGGAACCCUGGACUCUCAAGUUCUAUUCUAACACUCGAGCCACUAUACCACACUGUCUCUCAAUUAAUAAGGUAAUCAAUCCAUGCAAAUAAUAUGGUGUUUAAAACAUAAAACGCAAAGCUAAAGGUCAAAGUGUGUGUAUGCCUGACUUAUAUGUUUGGCAAGCAUUUUCCUUUGGCCUUGCUUUAAUUAACAAUAUUGCUCAUAAUGUGAUUAUUUUGAAAUAGCUGGCCUGACCACACCACCUAGUUGUUCUUUUUCAUCCUUAAAAAGAUAAAAUACUUAUUCAGGAUAUAAUUAGCUUGCUUUUCAAUUUUUUAAAGAAUCCCAGAAUGAAUAGCAAAAAGUAAAGGCACCUAGCUUUAUAAAACACCUAAAAAAAAAUACUUCAAAUGACAUCAUAAAAACAGCAGAAUGAGACAGGCUAAGAAAUCUAAUACCCCAGCAGCAACAGAAAAACCCAAUGCAUGUUAAAACAGAGGAAUCAGAACUACCCAAAAUUCCAAGGCAAAUGGACUUGGCACACAAAACUUAAUAGUGAGGAUGUCAGGUGAGUCUUCCUGGGGAGAGUAUUUUCCAUGAAUGAGUCGUCACCACUAAAAGGCCCUUUCGCUGUUCUGUCUCUGCUCUGCAGGCAGGGAAACUUGGAGGAGAGUGUCUGAUGCAGAUCUUAUUUCUCAAGCAGGUUUGCAUAGCAAAAGGUGGUCAUUAAAUUCUACUUCGGGCCUCUGAUUUCUCUUCAGUAAUAAAGAAGGGAUCAGCAGUAGCAGCUGAGACCCAGAUUUUAGGGACUUACUGAGACAGCUUUCCCUAAUUCUUGGCCGCUGCAUAAUAAUUGCCUGCAGCGUCUGCUUGGAGCAGAGAGAGGGUCCUUUAGGACCAGCCUGAGUUAGGGACCCUUUCUCCAGGGGCCAUUCCAGGGUGAACUGUGACCAAGUUUGAAGGAAGAAGUUGAGGCUUCUUCCUUCAAACAGUGAGUAGUGAGACAGAGAUGAAGAUGAUUUAUUAAGUUUAUUGGUCACUUGCCAAAGGCAACUCAAAGCAACUUACAUCCAAACAACCAAAACCCUACAUAGAUCCAUUCACCCAUUAAGGUAAUACAUUUAAAAAAUCCCACCCUGUCCAAUGGCCACAGAUAGAGGUGGGAGACCCGUUGGAUAAUCUUUAGACUAUCUUUAAGUAAAUCUUUUUGCAAGGGUGACAAUUGUUUCUGUGGGAAGGCUGUUAGGUAAAAUGCAUAAUACUGAUAAUAUGCAGGGACUUUUCCUGUCCUAAGGGAAGAAGUAUUAAGUAAUGCAUGUCAUUGGUGUGGGCUGUCAAACAGGUCGCGGAAACCAAGUCUGAUGGAGAGCAUAAGUCUGGAUUCUGAAAGAUAAUCUAAAAGUUUAUGCUCUGAUGGGUGCCAGUUCUGGUUGUUAAAAGAAAAUGGCAGCUGUGGUCUGGCAUCAUUUUCAGGAAGGGAUAUGUUCUUCCUUGCCUGCUGUAGAAUAGUUUAUUGAUGUAUAGUCCUCUUUCUGCAAAUCAGAGUGUUAUUUUUUAGAAGUGAGGACCAAAUUGUAUGUUCUGCGAUUGAGGUGUCAGUAUCCCACUCCCCCUUUUAAUGCUACGCAGGCUUGUGGGGGGCUGGGUGGAGGCUGCAAGCUUGAUAGCAGUGGUGAAAAACAGCCUGCAGGGCAAGGGUUAAGCACUCUCUUCUGCACUCCCCCCCAUUACUACAGAACAGUACAGUCAAAUUCCCAGCUGCAUUUGAGUAAAAAAUAAAAAUGGAUUGUAUCCAGAUCUGUUCAUCCUUCCAUGGAAGGUCCUUUGAUUCAGCAGAGGCUUCUAUGACAGCAAGGGGAAGAAACAAUUUCCCCCUUCUGCAGCUCCUCAGACCCCUACUCCAUUCUGCAGGGUCCCCCCAACCCUCUGGAUCAGAGGUUCCAGGGCUUCAGAGAGGAAGGGAGAUUUGCAACAGCCACCUUGUUAUGCUCUCCUUUCUGCAGAAGCCUCCCCAGCAUCAAAGAGCCUUUUGUGAAUAGGAGGAGUCAGCCUCGUGUCAGGAGAUUUCCAUUGCCAGGAAAGUUCUGGUCCAGAACAUCUGGAGAGCACGAGAUUCGUGAAGGCUGCUGGGACACACCUGCUGGUUCCUUUUUUUAAAAAACGUAAACUUAAUGAAGAUAUGAAAAUGGAAUACAGUAAGCCUGUGACUUAGGCACAUUUAACUUGUGCGCAUUCAGCUUUAUGCAAUUGAAGGGGGUGAGUGUCAGGGAAAAAAGACUUUGGCAGUCCUACCUACCCAAUGUGUUUUGACUAUACACGAUUUUGGGUUUAGGCGCGAUCUCCAGAACAUAACCGUUGCUCAAGUUGUGGGCUUAAUGUACCGUAAAGAAAUAACAAUGAACCCACCCACCCCCACUUCUUGCCUGCUCCUUGAAACAGGAACCCUAAUGCUUGAUGUGAACAGAACACUAGGAAGGUGAUGGGGGGCGGGGAUCCUGCCAUGGAAAUGUUCUUGCAGUGGAACCAGUCAUGAAUUGGAGGUUUGCACUCCCAAGUUCCUCGCUGCUCUUGUCCUCCUUUGAGGGAGUUGACGUGUAGUUCUUUUCUUCCUUAACACGAGAACCUCAGCUGAUGGAGGGGACGUCUCAGUCUUCCCCCAGAAACAAUUCCCCUGAAGUCAUCGCUGGACAUCGUUCAGUCCGCCUGGCAGGAGACGCCUAUAGCCGUUAUAAACUAAUGCCGUGAUUUACCUCUUCGGCAGCAAGGGGUUGUUUAAUUUUACCAAAUUAGCAGUUAAGGGAGGAGGUUCCUGGGGCGCCUGUCCAAAGUGGCUGGACUCUGUUCUUAAGGAGCCAUCUUGCUUGCCAAGCCUUGGGCUGCAGACGCCUCCUCCCCACCCCAAGCACCCUCCUUUGGCAGAGUUGGAGCUUGCGAUAUAAAUGCUGGAUUGGCUGCCUCUCAGGCUGUGUUCUCUCCCCCCCUCAACGCCUGCUUCUUUUUUGUUCUGCACUUUGUAACUUGCCUGUGGCAGAGCCCGUUUUUUGUUUUUUUUUGUCUGCGGGGUGAGCGUUCCAGGUUCAGCUGAAGGUUGCGGGCUGCAAAAAUCCAUCCUCGUGUGUUGGUAAACAAUAUGACACAAGAUACUGUUCUGCCUCUCUGCAUCCCUGUGGAACUUGAUGCUGACAAGGCAGAAAACCUCCUCUGGAGGGCAUUGGGAUAAUAAGGGUUCAUUCAGGAUGCCAGGCCAGAUGCGAUGGGUCUCUCCUUUCUGCGGGCAGGGCAGAGGAGGCUGGCUGUUAGACUGAAUUAUCGUUCGCUGCUUGGAUGGUUUUGCGGGAAAACGGCCAAGCCUUAUUUUAAAGGGAAUAAAGUCAAAGACCCCUGUGUACAUUGGCUUCCCAAGUCUUGUUUGUGCUUUGAAGGAAAUUUUGUGCUUUAUUUAGUGAAGAAGCCCAACUCAUGGAUUUGAAUUCUCUUCGAACAGUGUUUACCAGUUAUUUCUCCCAGUUUGGCUUGUUGGGAGCACAACAGAACUUUGGGGCACACAGAUCUUUGGAGCGCAGAAGUCACAGCAAUAUUAAUAUUUAUAGCUGCCCAUCAAUAAGUAUUUCUUGACUAGCUUACAAAAGGAGACUGUUGGAAGGCUACGGGAUACAGUAAUUAAAAUCGGGCCUUUUUGCUUUCUUUUUAUAUACAAACUGGACUGAUUCUGUGAGGCAGUAACUUGAUUCGGAGCAGGGAUGUGUCUAAAACUUGGCUGCUCUGUGGAAAGUGAGCCUGCCAUGGCCCCAGCUUAAAUGCUUGAUUUAAGACCGUGGCAAGUCUAGAUGCUGGCAGAAAGCCCAGGUAGAAGAUAGUAGUUAUCCAAGAGGUGAAUUGUAUUUGGUUCCAUCUUUUGACAAGCUAGGAUUACUAUUAAGAGGAACAAACGUUUCUCCUCUGCCAAAAGAGACCUAAGGCAGACUUCCCCAGCCUUGCGCCCCCCAGAUGUGUUUGGGCUAUUCACAUCUGCCCCAGCCAGCAUAGAUGGCUGUGUUGCCUGGAGAUGGUGGGUGAAACAUCUGGAUGACAUCAAGUUGCAGAAGGUUUCAUGAGGGGUUACUUAGUGUUCACCCUAGACAGCUUUGUUCCAGAAACCAAGAGGUGUGGAAAAUCACACUUUGUGUCGUCCGGCAGGCAGCUUUGAUACAUCCAAGUCUGACUAAUCAGAGGCUCACGGUGCGUUCGUGGACAGAUCGUAAUGUUAAGAGAGCUUGGUGGCUGAAUCAGCAUCCUCUUUUCAACAUGGCUAACAGAUGCCUGUGGGAAGCCUGCAAGCAUAUUAACAGAUCCGGCCCCUGCAAUCAUCAUCAUCUGAGGUCCUUCUUCAUGUGCUUCCUCCAUGAGAGGUCUGGAGGGCAGCAACAUGAGAAUAGGCCUUAUCUGUGGUGGCUCCCCACUUGUGGAAUACCCUCCCUAGGGAGGCUCGCUUGGCGCCUUCAUUACAUAUCUUUAGGCUCCAGGUGAAAAUGUUUCUCUAUAACCAGGCCUCUGGCUGAUCAACAUUCUAUGUAGCUUUAUAAAUAUGUUUGUGGGAGGGAGUUAUUGGUUUGUUUUUGUUUUAUUAUGUAUCUUGUGUUCUCUUUUUGUAUUUUUAUGUAGAGAACCGCCCUGUGAUCUUCAGAUGAAGGGGUGUAUACAAAUUUUACUAAUGUUAAUAAGCAGAAUGUGAGUGCAACAGCAAGUUUCACAACUAGUGAUUCUCAGGAAUUGGUAUAAAUGAGCUUGGUGAAGUUGGUGGCCAUUAUUAAGGGGCAUUAUUGACCUUUACAACCAUUUCUCUAGGACGGUGAUUCAUACAGAGUAAAGUUGAGAGCUUGCACCUGCCAAAAUCCCAGGCUGAAGGGAAGCAAGUGGCAAGUUGUUCCAGUUUUAGUAUAUCUGCUGUGAUAGUGAGCACCUUUCAGCUUAGUUUUGAGACCUCUGUCAUGCUGUCUGUUCUAGUUUCCACUAGCCUUUAUUGGCAUAAGAAGGUGUCUUUUCUAUUCAGAGACUGUGUGCAGAACCCCUCUGUUCCAGUUGGGUUAUGGGGUGCUCUCUGUGUAUAUGUUGGGGGGGCAAACAAAGGUUCAUUUCAACUAACCUUGAUUUUCCUGCAUACCUGUGGAGGUCUCUGCCCUUUUCUGCUCUCCUUGCUCAAUAUCGGGAAUGAUUUGGCCAAGGUGAAGAAGCACCAGUUCCACUGAGCCAUGCAGAAUAUAGGUUGUGUCUUCUGAUCUCUGCUGACAGAAGCAGAUGAGCUGUGAUGUCAAGGUGGAAGGCCAAGUCUCGAGUGGUUCCCUGCUCCUCUCUCAUCGAGAGUGUGCCGUCCCUGCUCUGCCCUCUGCCUUCUCUGUCUCUUUUUUUAAACUUUGCUUAAGCUGCUGAAUGUAGAGCAGGCAUGUUAGGAAAUUUCCUAUCAUGAGAGCUGUGUGUGCGCGCGAGAAAGAGAGAGAAAGAGACAGACAGACAGAGAUAGAAGAAUGACGAGUUGGAAGGAAUCAACUACACAGUAGAAAUCACACCAGCACGUUUGUCCUGUGCAAAAAAAUAUGUUUGUUGACUCCCUGCCAAGAAAAAUCCAAAUUUUACCCCCCAGGCAGCUGAAUUUUGUGAUUGGGAUUAAAAAUGCACAUUACAUGAAUCGUAACUAGCAUUUUCCUGCAAAGUGCAAUGAAGAACAGUGGGGUGCUUGGCCUGAGGGAGAGAGCCAUAGCUUUGGGGGAGCUGUACCCUCCAGAAGCUCUGCUUAGUGCUGCUCUUAAUUUCUGAGCUGGUGGUUUUCAGACAUCAGUCCUGGGAUCCCUGGGGUUUAUCGAUAAUGAAAAUCGGUAAGGGCUGCCAAAGUGUAUAUGCAUGUGAAAGUCAGCACAGAGAGAAUAUUGGGUGUGGGGCUCAACUGGGCCUGUCUGGCUGCCAGUGCUGGCUGACAGCGUGUCCAUGGAGUGGUUUGCGCCCAUCAGUGUGGAAAGGGUUCGGAGAGGAUAGAGCAGGAUGCUUCAAAGCCACCAGAUGCUGCCAAUGCUAUGUUCUGCAACCAGCUAGUUCUGCAACCAGGUAGUUCUGCAACCAGCUAGUUCUGCAACCAGGUAGUUCUGCUAUGUUCUGCAACCAGCUAGUUUUUCAGCUAGUAUCUUCGAGUGUUCGAAACUCAUAUGUAUAUCUAAUCACCAAAUGCUACCUUAAACCUAAGUUAUGGUGGCCACAACGGAAGGUCUAGGUGCCAUUUACCCCACAAUGGAAUUUAUUAUUGUUAUUAAUUUCAUUUCUAUACUGCUUUAUAUUUUAAAGGAAAAACCCGAGAGCAGUUAACAACACAUUAAAAUAUCCAGUAAAACAAACCAGAAUAACACAAAUUCAAGCUUCAAGGAAAAUAUUUCAGAUCCUUCUCUAAGUUACAUUAGGCUUUCCUCAUAUUUAUUUAACCUACUUAAUUUAUAGUGCUGCCCCAUAGCAGAAGGACUCUAGGAGGGAAGUGUGGUCAAGUGGUUAGAGUGUCAGACAGGGACCUGGGAGAUCAGGGUUCAAUUCCCCACUCAGUCCUGAAGUUCACUAGGUCACCUUGGAGUCAUUCGCAGCCUCUUCACCUGUCUCACAGGGUUGUUGUACGGAUUAGAUGAGGUGGGGGGUGAACCAUGGACUCCUUGGCUAUAAAGGUGGGAGAUAAAUGCAAUAAAUUAGCUCUUCUGCUGACCUGCUCAAGAAAGCUGGAGGGACCAGCCAGGUGGAGAUGUUAAUCGCCAGCCUUGCAUCCAGAGAUCUCCACCUGGUCACAAUUGGAUCAGUGGUCAGUUUCGCCAGUCACAAAACACUCACGACACCUGGUGGAUUUCUAAUACUGGCAUUUGCCCCGAGCAUGGCUUCACUUACAACCUCCAAUGUGCUUGAUUAACAUUUAAUUGCUUCUGUGACCCGCCCUCAGUGUCGCAACGCUGGGCACUUGCUGAAAAAAUUCUGCUUGUGAUGUGAGCGCAUUCUAGCCUUGGCUGCUGCUUCUGCAUGUCUGCUGACAUGUAGCGUGGGCAGGGCUUUGUACUGCACCUCCACUUGGCGUUAAGUAAAUGCGGAUGGAGGUGGCAGGAUGUGUUGGGUGGGGCUGUGUCUGGUGUUACCAUCCGUGGAACCCAUGUAGAUAGCAAGAUUGGCAGAACAUUUGUUUGUUUGUUUGUUUGUUUGUUUGUUUGUUAGAUUUGUAUACCACCGUUGCAGACUAGCCCGAAAGUUGCUAGCAGAUCUCAAGGUGGUUCACAAGAUAAAAUCACAAUAUAAAAACACAAAAUAUAUAAUCAAAAUAAAACCUCCAAACAACCCAUUUGUUUCAUUCCUUGCUGAGUGUUGACUGGAGGUAGUGGCCACUCAUAGCCGAGUUAUCCAGGCACAACUUGGGUUAAAUGGGUGUAGAGCUGCUUCUGUUGAACCCUUGGCUGUCCCAUCCAUAUGGCUUUGCAUUGGAAGCGCAGUUCCCAUUAGCGGGUGGGUCUUCAAAGUUGCUAAAUUCGAACUUUCUUUUAGUCUGCUUAAGCGUGGUUUUACCUGUUGCGUAGUUGAGUUAGAGACAUCUGACUGCUGUGCGAAAUGCUAAACCUUCUCUCUGAUUACAUCAUUGUUUACUUGAUUAGAAAUAAUUGUGCAAGUAAUUAAAUGGGUGUGCGCUCACUCUAGCCGGGUUUCACUUCUGUGCGAUGAAGAGCUCCAUGCUGUUGCAAAGUCUGGAGCGUUUCAUUGCUUCGGCCUUCCUUAAUGGGAUACUAUCUAGGCUAUUACCUUAAUUGAAGUUUAUAUUGAAUGGUGCGCAAGAAGCCUCCUAGAUCUGGAUUAGUAUCCUAAUGACUCUCUUGUCUCUCGAGAGAGGGGAGGCUACGUGGCCAAAACAAUCCUAGACAAUGCAGUGACACGGAUGAUAAAGGAAGGCACUUUAGGUUGGUUAGGCUCCUCUGACAAACAAAUUAGCAGGGUUAUGUGUAUUCUGAAACAAGAGCAAAUUAUUGGAAACUCUGCAACUGUUUCUUUUAAAUAUUUUAUUUUGCAGAUAAGCGGUUUGUGA